AUGAUCCUCGGAUUUGGGGAAUUGACCUCAAUGAGAUAUGUGUACUUGGCCUUGGGGGUAUGGGGAUACCUCACAACCGUUCUAUCCAAUGUCUCGGUCAUCACUGUUAUCCUGAUACAUAAAGCCCUACAGGAGCCCAUGUAUAUCUUUAUAUGCGCUUUGUGUUUCAACGGACUCUACGGCAGCCUUGCCUUCUACCCCGGUCUCUUCAUCAAUCUACUGCAGAAGGUCCAAACCAUCUCCUACACCAGUUGUAUAUUACAAGUGUUUGCCAUUCACACCUACGGAGGGUGCGAGAUGACCUUGCUGGCGGUCAUGGCAUUGGAUCGGUAUGUGUGCAUCUGUGACCCCCUGAGAUAUAACAGUAUUAUGUCUUUGGCCGUGGUCUACAGACUCAUUGUAGCUGCAUGGUUCUACUCAUUCAUCUUUAUUACUAUACAUAUUAUACUGACAGUCAGGCUUACGCUGUGCGACUCAGCCAUCCUGAAGAUCUAUUGUGACAACUGGUCGGUGGUGAGGCUCUCCUGCAUCGACACCACUGUGAACAACACAUUUGGAAUGGUGGUGGUGCUCGCACUAAUGGUGGCGAUGCCAUCGCUUAUCUUUAUCUCCUACAUGGCCAUUCUAAGAGUAUGUGUGAAGUCUUCACAGGACUUCAGAGCCAAAGCUUUGAAGACCUGCACCCCCCAUCUCAUUACCAUCACAAACUUCAUUGUUGAUGUCCUCUUUGAGAUAUUCCUCUACCGAUUUACACCGACCGCCAUACCUUAUGCUCUGAGGGUCUUCAUGUCAGUGCAUUUUCUGGUGGCACCGCCACUUCUGAACCCUCUGAUUUAUGGUUUAAAAAUCAGGGAAAUAAGGGUAAAAAUUAUAUAUAUAUAUAUGAAGAUUCAAGUGGCCAAUCUUGUUUUUUCAUGUCUGAAGUUGAAUUAA